UCCUUCUUAACCCCAUUAAUUAUGGUGGCUCUACUGAUCCCGUUUAAGCAAAGAUUUUGCUAUCACUUCACUGUAAAUCAAAUGUCCCAUUCUCUUCCCUCCCACUCACUGUAGAACUGAAUGUAGAGAGAGAGAGAGAGAGAGAGGGGGUGAGUGGCAGUGGCGGUGCAAUAAACGAGGAGAUUUAUUUAUAUGUUGAAAUAGGGGGAGUUUGAUUUUCAUCGGGAAGGAAAUUUGGUCUGAGGAUUCAGAAAGAAAAGUUGCAGAGAUACACGUUAACCCCGCGUGCACACCCCCCAUCGUCUUUAAACCAACCCCCUCUUCAACUCUCUCCCUGUCUCUCCCUAUUUUCGGUAAUACACAAUAUACUUGACUGGAGAGAGAGAGAGAGAGAGAGAGAGAGAGAGAGAGAGAGUGUGUGUUUGUGCAUAAGAGAAGAAAAGAAAAAGUACCCAUUUCCGAGGGAGGGUCUCUGAAUCCACCUUUUACAGAGACCAGCCAAGAAGAGAGAAGGAAAAGAAAAGAAAAGAAAAGAAAAGCCCUGAUCGUGUAAUUUUUGACUGGCUAGUACAGGCGCAAAACCCUGCAAACUUUAGGGAUUUUUUCUGUAAAAAGACUCUGAGUUUUAGCUUAAAAACCGGGAGAAGAACUCUAGGGACACAAUCAUAUAUGGCCUGGUUUUAGAGAGAGAGAGAGAGAGAGAGAGAUUGAGAAUUAGUGUAGCCAAAUUACGAGCUACUUCAGCUGGGGGUGAUAAUGGAGUUUGGGGAUCAGAAUAAGUACAUUAGUAAUAGUGGAAGUGGAGUUUCUUCUUCUGCUGCUGCUUCUUCGCUGCUGCAGAUGAUGGAUAUUAAUAACAGUAAUAACAAUAAUAAUAGCAUUCUGCCUUCAAUGAUCAACAAUUCUGGUGGUACUGCAGACAGAUCAAGAUCAUCUGCAUCCUCGUCACGGCUCAAUCUCCAUCUUCCUCGACCCGGCCUGGCCCACAACAAUAAUCCCAACCAACAACAUCUCAGAUCAGGAUCAAGUGGUCCUCCUUUCAAGCCCAAUGACAACCUCAAUAUCACCGAUACCACUACUAAUACUUUUUCUAAUAAUGUUUCUACCAUGAAAGCCAAGAUCAUGGCUCAUCCUCUCUUCCCUCGUCUCUUGACCGCCUACGCCAAUUGUCAAAAGGUCGGAGCGCCAGCUGAAGUGGUGGCUAGGUUAGAGGAGGCGUGUGCUAAUAAUUGCGAGGGCACCAUGGGAAUUUCAACGAGAAGUAGAAGUAGCAAUAGUAGUACAACAUCCACAGGCUGUAUAGGAGAAGAUCCUGCGUUGGACCAGUUCAUGGAAGCCUACUGUGAGAUGCUGGCAAAAUAUGAGCAAGAACUCACAAAGCCUUUCAAGGAAGCCAUGCUUUUCCUCUCUAAAAUCGAGUGUCAGCUCAAAGCCCUAACAGUUUCUUCCGCCUCAGAUUCUGCGUGUGUUGAUUUCGCUGGACAAAAUGGAUCCUCCGAAGAAGAGGUUGACGUGAAUGAUAGUAUCAUAGAUCCUCAAGCCGAAGACAAGGAAUUGAAAGUUCAGCUCUUGCGCAAGUACAGCGGAUACCUCGGCAGUCUCAAGCAGGAAUUCCUGAAGAAGAAAAAGAACGGAAAGCUGCCAAAGGAAGCCCGGCAACAAUUGCUUGACUGGUGGAGCAGACACUACAAAUGGCCUUAUCCUUCGGAGGCUCAGAAACUAGCACUUGCGGAAUCUACCGGUCUUGAUUUAAAGCAGAUAAACAACUGGUUCAUCAACCAGCGGAAGCGCCACUGGAAGCCCUCGGAGGACAUGCAAUUCGUCGUGAUGGACACCGCGCAUCCCGGACACUACUACAUGGACAAUAUCAUGUACAAUCCCUUCCCCAUGGACUGCUCAUCUACUCUCCUCUGAUCACCUCACCUUCUCUAUCUUGUUAUAACCAUGUAAUGUUUGUAUUCAAUAUUCUCUUUGGAAAACUUUGUCUUACCUUUCUUUCAGUACCACGUCGAAAGAAUUCGACCUUCUGAAACCAUCUACUUGUUUUUGUUUCGUCUUUGAUGACAAGACAAAUUGACGCGUGCUAGGUGAAAAUAGAUCUUUUGACGCACAACUGCGUAUUAUAUAUAUAUAACAAGAACAAAUUU